AUGCGCCCCAAACCAGCGUCUUCCUUGCAGAAGACUUACGACGACUGCUACUUGAUGUGUUCCACUGCCGUCUAUUUCGAAGGCCAGAACAAUGAAGAAGAAGCCCUAAAGUCGUGGCGCUCUGCGUUGGAGACCAUCUACUACCACAACGCCUACCGCGUGCCCUCCAAGUACACCCCGCGCAACGAGACCGAAAAAGCCCUGCAGGAGUCUAUCCGUCAGCUGGAACUGCAAUGCCGCGAGCGCGUCGAUCUCCUCGAGGCCCUGCGCGAGAGUCGCAAGGAUUCCCUGGGGAAGUCGCCCCCGCCCGCGGCGUUCUCGACGAAUAAUUCCACCCCCGGCUGGAUUGCGGGCGGAACCGUGCCCGCCGUCGGAUACACCGAUCUCUCCAAACCCCCUUCCAUCCCCGGGCGCCCUCCUCCACCCACCCCUUCGUCCUCCGCCGCGCCCGAGUCGUCGUCAUCUGCGACCGCUGGCGACGCCUCCCGCCGCCCCGCCCUUCGUCAGCGACAUUCCUCCUCCACCAAGCUCAGCGAGCGCGCCUCCAGUCCCGAGGGUCUCAAGAUGAUGCCCUCCACCCUGCGCUCCUCCGACUCCAAGAAACUUUCCAAGAAGAAGAGCAGCCCCCGUCGGAAGGAGCUGCGGCCGGCCGCGGCCUCCCAGGCCGCCGGCCUGGCCUGGGGGAGCAUCUAUCGCUCGUCGUCUGACAAGACCGUCAGCGAUGCCGCCCUCGCCUCCUCGCGGCAUACUGCUGCCGCCGACCCCAGUUUCCGCAAGAGCCCAGCCCUGACCCCGCGAUCCAAGUCCGGCGACGCCAUCUCCAGGACCACGGCCGCAGAGGCACGGCCAUCAGCGAAUUCGUCCAGUCCGUCCACCCCACGGCCGCCGGCGCAGACGACGCGCCCGCAAUCCGCGCCCCGAAGCCCCGCACGACCACCCCCGUCUUCGUCCUCGCCCAGACCGUCCGUGAAGCCCAAGCCCCAAGCCCUCCGAUCAUCGUACCCGUCGCCGGGCGCAUCCCAGACCCGGGGCAACAACUUGGAUCGGUCGAGAACGCCACAGGCAAAGCCAACCAUCUCCCACAAAGAGCACGAUGCGGUGAACCACGGCAUCAACCGGUUGGCCGUGUCGGGGAGCAGUCUGGACCGGCGCGGUCCCGUCAAACGCACCAUCACGCCGCCGUCCAGCGAUCCAGAGUCGUCCGGGCCGCGGUCCACGACCGAAGACGACGACGAUCCCGACGUCGACCCGGCCGACGCCGAGGACGACUACAUGGCCAUCCUCAACAAACUCCCCAAGGGCAUUGACCCGACGGCGGCGCGGCAGAUCCUCAACGACAUCGUCGUGCGCGGCGACGAAGUCUACUGGGACGACGUGGCGGGGCUCGACGGCGCAAAGAAAGCCCUCAAAGAAGCGGUCGUGUACCCGUUCCUGCGGCCGGACCUCUUCUCGGGCCUGCGUGAGCCCGCCCGCGGCAUGCUCCUCUUCGGCCCGCCGGGCACGGGCAAGACGAUGCUGGCGCGCGCCGUCGCCACCGAGUCCAAAUCCACCUUCUUCUCCGUGUCCGCGUCCACGCUGACCUCCAAGUGGCACGGCGAGAGCGAGAAGCUCGUGCGCGCCCUGUUCGGCCUCGCCAAGGCCCUCGCCCCCUCCAUCAUCUUCGUCGAUGAAAUCGACUCACUCCUGUCCGCCCGCUCCUCCGGCUCCGAAAAUGAGGCCUCCCGCCGCUCCAAGACCGAGUUCCUCAUCCAGUGGUCCGACCUCCAGCGCGCUGCCGCCGGCCGCGAGCCCGCCCGCAACCCCGCCCGCGGCACCGCCGCCGGCGACCCCAGCCGCGUCCUCGUCCUCGCCGCCACCAACAUGCCCUGGGACAUCGACGAGGCCGCCCGCCGCCGCUUCGUGCGCCGCCAGUACAUCCCGCUGCCCGAGCCGCACGUCCGCGAUCAGCAGCUGCGUCGCCUGCUCAGCCACCAGAACCACGAGCUCUCCGACCAGGAUAUCCAUGCCUUGGUCCAGGUGACAGACGGCUUCUCCGGUUCGGACAUCACCGCCCUCGCCAAAGACGCCGCCAUGGGCCCCCUUCGCAACCUGGGCGAGGCCCUCCUGCACACGCCCAUGGACCAGAUCCGCCCCAUCCGCUUCCAGGAUUUCGAGGCCAGUCUAGUGUCCAUCCGGCCCAGUGUGAGUGCCGAGGGCCUGCGUGAGUAUGAGGAUUGGGCGCGACAGUUUGGCGAGAGGGGUGGGUAG